CUCAGCGCCUCUGCCACUUGUUCCGCUCCUCCACUCAGCCUCUCGUCACCCUCCCAGAUUCGGCCUCGCUUCUUCUCAUCAAAUAGCCACCCAGGCAAGCCUUUCUUCCACUGCUUUUCACCCCAGCUUGUGGCACUUACAUCCGUGUCGCUCUUACACUCUUCGCCUUCUUGUCGCCAGCGCAAACUCGACGUUGUUGCGAAUCUUUGCUUUGCCAGCAAACUAUCAAGUCCACAAAGUGCUACUACUCGUCCAUUCACCCCAAAAGUCUUUGUGAGCCACACCCACCCGCCCUCAUCCCUGCCUGCGCCCGUUCUUUCUACGCCACAAUCCAACUCUUUUUACUAUUGAACCUGUCCCCUCAUCGUCAUCCCAGCCCCAUCUCGUUCGUUCGCCCACUCGACGUAUUCCACCAUCGCUCUUUCCAUACCUAUCGUCGUGCUGCACCUUCACAACAGGCCUCUACUCGAUCCCAACCAGGCACCCAACCCUCCCAGACCAAUCACUCACCGCCUCCAUCUACUGGAAACAUAUCUGUCGCCGCUCAAUCAUUGUCAUCAACCCAUUUAGUUGGUCAGCCGUUUCGCCUCGAGCGACGAGCACCUCCCGCGCAAUCUGCAAGGCUCCAAUAUCUAGUAUCAUGCUAUGCAUGGUCCCCAAAACCUUUGUCAAGAAGACUUGUACGCAGACAUAACUGCGCAAUCACCUCAGUAACAUUUCUCCUCUCCAUAUCACCGUACACUCUCUCGAGGCUGAGAAUAUCACCUUCCUAGCCCACUUGCGAGCUUCAACCACCGUCGCCUCUCGAUUCAUGUCAUCCACAAGAUUCUCUUAAACCUCUCAUUACUUUCUCUUGUUGAUGGCUGAAGCCUUGACCAGCCAGACAAGUCCUACGCAGGACGACAGGCCCACGACUCCCACCUUUGCGAAGCCAGACCGUCCCCCCCAAAAUCCUGCCAAAACACCGCUCGAGUCAUCACGCGAUUUGGACGAGUCGGGGCGACCUGGCAAGAGACCGCGACUCGACCCUCCCCAGCUGACUGCUGCCGCCGCGUUCGCAGAGGCCGUUAAACCGUCAACGCAGCCUGCUCCGGCCUCGACGGGAGUCAGCCCAAACCCCGCUCGCCAGGCCAUACAUUCUCUCAUGGGUGAAGAUCAAAAUGCCGUGAGCAAAGCUCAGACUGCAAGCCCUGUUCGCUCACCUGACCCCACAACCACCAUCAGUGAGCCUCUCACUCAAGUGGUGGAGAGCAUCCAACAGACCGCAACCACUGCACCAGCUACCUCAGAGGCUGGGGUAUCAAAUGAGAACCAUGGCCUCCAAACCAGCCCAACAAGUCUGUCGAGCGUCGGUACAUUAGACAGCGCCGCUGGCGCCACAGGUAUUACCACCACCGUCGGCAGCCCACUUCCCUUGGAAGAAACCGCACAGAGAGUCGUGAAUGCCGCCGAGGCAGGCUCCACCUCACCGACCGAAGGUACCAAAGCGUUCUCAUAUCCAGCACCUCUGCUACAACCUCAGGGAAAUGAUGGCGCAAGACGUGGGAACAGCUUGCCCCACUCGGGCACUCGACAAGGUACAAGAUCUCCUUCCAGCAAAAAGCAUAGAUGUCCUUACUGUGCGACCGAGUUUACUCGUCAUCACAAUCUGAAGAGUCAUCUGUUAACACAUAGCCAAGAAAAACCCUACGUUUGCUCGACCUGCCAAUCCAGAUUCCGCCGACUGCAUGAUCUGAAACGCCACACCAAGUUGCACACCGGUGAACGACCUCACAUUUGUCCCAAGUGUGGUCGUAAAUUCGCUCGGGGGGACGCAUUGGCUCGCCACAACAAGGGCCCCGGUGGUUGUGCCGGUCGGAGAGCCAGUUUGGAUAGUUUUGGCGGGGACGACGAUGAGGGUCUGGAUGAUUCCAUGGAUGGUGUCAUGUAUAACGAACCCGACGUCAUGGAUGAAGAUGAUGGCAGCGAAAGGCGGCCGACUAUCCGUCGCCAGGCUCCCUCCGGAGAUGAUUCUUUGGACGAUCCAGACCACGCCUCACGCAUCCCUAGUACGUAUCCCCCCAUUCAAGGUCGGCCUCCUGCUGGGAUGACCGGAGCAUUCUUCCCACCCAGAAGCGGCUUCCACCCUUCUAGCGCUCCCUCGAAUGUGGCCAUGCCUCCAGGAGGUCCUGGUCAGUAUCCUCCAAUGACAGGGGCGACGGCUGGUUCCCGAUCGGCAAGCCAGGCCGGUCCUGUGUUUGCUCAAAAUCCAAUCACUGAAAGUCCCAAGCCACUUUCACCUGGCCAGACGCAAAGGUCAUCUGGCCCAGGCCCAUCGGAGGGUGGUUUGAAUCACAGUCGGUCACCCAGCAUGACACACUACCACCAACAGCAACAAUACAAUCGUGGCAGCGGCCCGGUUGGGUCUCUGGGUGUUCCAGGCGCACCGCAACUUCCUCCGCCGCAAGGUCUCAAUCCGCCCGAUGCGCGUUAUACCCUGCCCAGCCAAGGAGGCCCCGCUCAUCCCCCUACUCAGCCCAGUGGGCCCCCAACUCACAUGGGUGGCAGUGGUCCGCUAUCCUCGCACAGUAACAGCCUGUCGAGCCACGGCCAUGGUAGUGGCGAAGGGGCUAACCUGAUGUUCCCCAAGGAUGAUCGGAUUUGGGCUUAUGUGACCAAUCUUGAAGGACGAUUGAAUUCCAUGCAAGAGGAGAUCAAUUCCCUCAAACAACAGCUGAGCGCUGCAACAUCCAACCACCAGCCCAGGACCGGUUAGCAUCUGUGGGGGGCUACUUGGUGCCGGUUGCUGGAACUUUCUGACCUCAUGCAUGAAGGGCAAGAACAGCCGGAGAAAAUGGAGCUUGAUAUAUACAUUGACUCAAAUUCGAGCAUGGGUAAAAGCAGGAGCAUGGGGUUUUGUACCGGCCAAACCUCUCUGUUUAAUUGUCGCAUUUGACCUGUAUUAUGUUACAGAUACCCAGUUUUUCUAUCGCCAACAAUAUUUGGAUUUGGCGUUGAGGGCGAGUGAGAUUUGGUGCCGUUGCACUGAAAUCAAGAGCUGGUGGGAGUAAGAAAGGGCGAUGCCCGGAAAACACGACCACGGUUCAACCCAAGUCAGCAAUUGUAUCUAGGUCUCGCCAUAAGACAUUCUUGAUGCAAUCACAUGCUCUCUAUGAGGUUGGCUGGAUUUAAAUGCGACAGCAAGAGAUGAGGAAACGUUGACGCCGUGGACGCCGUGAGAAUUUGGCCAACGACGUGUGCCUGAAAUGGGAUAUGGGUAAUGGAUCAAGUUGGAAUUCAACUUUGUGUAUAUGUACAAUAGCAAUCAGCCCGACGAAUAAAGGGGAUACGUCGGUUCCGAUCAUGCGAUGGACAAGAGUAGGAAAAGAUGAGGGUCAAGCCGCGGGGCUUUGUCGAGUUGCUCCUGUCGGCGGAGAUGUGGAGGGGGGUCUACUUAUUAUUAUUUUGUGUGAUGAAACGUCGAGAAGCUUUAC